CUGCGAGGACGCGCCUCUCUCCUCUCCCUCUCUUUCUGCGCUGCUUGCUCCGUGCGCGCUCCCGAGACGGAGGCAGGCUUUCGGGGAGCUGUGAGAGCAGACGAGCGGCUGCGGGGGAGAGAGAAAGAUGGAGGUGAGGGUCGGGGAGAGACUCCUGUGGCUGGCCGUGCUGUCCACUGUCCUCUGCGUGGAUUCGGUCUUCGGAAAAUACGUCAAAGGCAUCGUCAACACCAAAGAGGACUGGGUUUUCCUCACACGUUUCUGCUUUCUCACAGAGUUUGGUCGGCUGGAUUUUAAGUUUCGCUACCCAAAGUCGCGCUGCUGUCAGAACAUCCUGCUCUACUUUGAUGACAGCUCUCAGUGGCCAGCUGUGUACAAGAAGCCAGAGAAGAACUGCUAUGAGAAGGAAGCAGUGCUGAGGCCUGAAAACAACCAGGUCAUCAAUCUCACUACCCGCUACACCUGGUCAGGAUGUGCGGUGGAGGACGACACCAACGAGGAGGUUCUGAGCUGCGUGGGUGGUCGCAGUUUCCGCUCGGUGAGGGAGAGGUGGUGGUACAUCGCUCUCAGCAAGUGUGGGGGCGACGGCUUGCAGCUGGAGUACGAGAUGAAGCUGACCAAUGGCCAGUCUUUCUGGACGCAGCAUUUUUCUGCAGAUGAGUUCGGAAUUUUGGAGACUGACAUCACGUUCCUGGUCAUCUUCACGUUAGUGUUCCUCCUCUCUUGCUACUUUGCAUACAAUCUGAAGGGGAGACAGCUUCUUCACACAACCUACAAAAUGUUUAUGAUGGCAGCAGGUGUGGAGGUGCUCAGCCUAAUGUUCCAUUGCGUCUACUGGGGCCUGUAUGCCAGGGAUGGAGUUGGCAACGGCAGCCUGAAGAUACUCGGGAAAUUACUGUUCUCCGUCAGUUUCUUGGUGUUCCUUCUGAUGCUCAUACUGUUGGGUAAAGGUUUCACCGUCACCAGGGCGAGGAUCAGCCACAGUGGCUCUGUUAAGCUGAGCAUCUACAUGACAGUCUACACAAUCACCUAUGUUAUCCUCUUCAUCUAUGAGGCAGAGUUCUUUGACCCAGGUGAGGUGCUUUACGCCUACGACAGCCCCGCAGGCUACGGCCUGAUGGGCCUGCAGCUGGUCGCUUACGUGUGGUUCUGCUACGCCGUGCUGGUCUCGCUGAAACACUACCCUGAAAAACAGCCCUUCUACGUCCCGUUCUUCACCACAUACACUCUAUGGUUUUUCGCUGUGCCUGUGAUGGCUCUGAUCGCCAACUUCGGGAUUCCUCGAUGGGCUCGGGAGAAGAUUGUGAACGGCAUUCAGCUCGGCAUCCACCUCUACGCUCACUUUGUUUUCCUUGUCAUUACGAGACCAUCAGCAGCCAACAAGAACUUCCCGUAUCAUGUUCGGACCUCCCAGAUUGGGAUCUUGCAGUCCAGCCCCAAAGGAGGCGAGGGAGGGGAAAGUUUCCCCCACCACGCCUAUGGGAACAGCUCCUUCCUCGGAGAUUCUCAGCCCAACUUCACCGAGCUCUUCUCCAUCCAAUCAGAUCCGGUGAAGACCGUGGAAGAGACAGUUGCUCGCAAAGGACCCGACGUGCCGAGGAACAGCGAACAAAAGAUCAUUACCACCGCUGCAGACUUAACCAUGAUAUUGCCCCCACCUCCACCUCCGAUACCCCCACGCCCCGCCUCCCGCUCUCCCCCGAUGCCCCCUCGACUUCCAUCCUUCACAGAGUACUUCAGCAUGCAGAGCGGCGGUGGAGGAGGCUUUGGGACGAAGGCAUGAAGUGGAUGAGAAAGCGGGAAAGACUGUGGCAGAAAGGACGAAGGCUACAGACAGAAUUUAUAAAGCUGGUGGGAGAGAAAAAGGUCAUCCUAAAUAACAGAAGAAUUAUAGAUGAAGGGACAUACAUGAGAAGUCAUCACAAAAGUAAAUCCCUAAAUGGUCCUUUUAACUUGGAAAUGGAAAUGACCUGUAUGGAGAAGCUAGGGUGGGGAGAUGGCUAAGACGCAAAGGCUGAGGUUGUAAAAGAAUAAAGAAGCAAUAAAUAUUUGAUGUUGACCAGUUGAAGGCACACGGGAGAAAGAUGACAAAGUGGAUGUAGCCGGAGCAAGAGAAUGAUAGCUGUGCACAAUGUGGAAAUGAACAAAAUUCUUGAAAUACUUUUAUUCAAAAAUUCAUGAGGAUUUGAUGGUGUGCCUGGAGGAGUUUGUAAAUAGCUAAAACUGUUGAGAGCAACAAUUAUGUAUAGUUUUAUUUCACAAUACGAGAUUAUUUCAUGUUUUCUUUCCCCUAAACAUGACAUUCCAGUUGGUGCUUCGACCACAGAGAAAUCCCAUGCCGUUAUGUUUAAAAUAAAAUAAAAUAUAAAAAAAAAAACUUUUUUAUGUUUUAAGACAUUUUUGAUAAAACUUAGAUAUAUUUAUGGUAUAUGGAGUCUGUUGUGUUUAUUUAUAUUCUUACUAUAUAAGCCUUCAUUGGAGCUGGUUUUUCUGGAUCAAUAUACUGAUGUGUAACUGUAAAUUGUCACAUUUAGUCUGGGCUCCCCAAAGUACAGUACUCGUAAAACAUGCAUGUUUGUGUUGUAUUUUCCGUCCGAGAAGCAGAUAUAUGUCCUCCAUGUGACCUUAGAUAUUCGCUUAUUGUGUGUGUUGAAAUCCACACUUCUGUAAAUGCAUACAAUAGGCUGCAAUAUGUUUUUUUUAUUGUUUUUUUUACUGCAAAACCUUUGUUAAUUACUAUACAAAUCAAAGCUGUCUUGCAGUAUUUUUAACCUAUAAGUAGACGUAGGCAUGGGCUGGUAUGAUAUUCUGAAUUCUGGUAACUUUAAGAUAAAAAAAACCACAGUUUCACAACAUAUUUUGAAAUGUUUAAACUUAAUAUUUAACAUUAGAGAGCCCACAGUCAGAGAUUCAUGGAUCAUUUCUAGUUUUGUAAACAUCCAACAUGCCGUUAAUAAUUUUUAGCAUAUUCCAAAUUAUCUGAAUAAUUGCAACAGUAUGAAAAAUGUACUUGUUUUUGCAAUUUUGCCAUGAUAAUGUAUGUAAAGUAAGGAGGUAAUGUCACAAUGUGCAUGUGUGCGUGUGUGUGUGUGUAUGAGAGAGAAAGAGAAUAUGCUGUAGAAAAGGGUUUCUCUGUUUAUUUUAAAACUAAAACAUUAUUUGUUUAAAAUGAUAUUUUGAGAGAUCUUUAGCCACUUUUAUUAAUAUUUAGCACGGUUAGGAUUAGUAACCAUUAAUAACUGGAAACACUGAUCGUACUCUCCAGUUUGUAUCUUUGCAAUUUCACACUUACAUCCAUCUACCUAACAAUUGCAUCCUUUUCUUUAGGUUGUUAAAUAACUUUGUAGCUUUGAUCGUUUGUGGAGAUCAAUGGUUAUGAAACCGAUGUGAAAUAUCAGUUCCUAAACUUCCUUACCAAAGAGUGUUGUUACACCACUGAGCGGCAAAGGAUAAUUUUUUCUCAGUUCCUACAGGCUGUUCAAUAGUCUGAGCCGGUUGAGCUGAACAUCAUCCGUGUCUGCUCAUCAGCCGACUUGUCUGCUCAUAUCUAUUUAAAACAUUUUCCAAUUGUUUUCGUUUUAAAAACUGAUCUAAAACUGCUGAUGCUAGAAACCCUAACACACUACUUCUCAUAGCUCUGACAGCAUAUUUCUUUUAAAAUUACCUUGUGCACGUAAAGAGGCUGAACAGUUUAUCAAUAACAUUGACAAUGUGAAGUGUUAUUUAUAAGUGACCAUUUAACCUUGUUAAACUCUUGAACAAAUUGACGUAAGUUAGUUACAGUAUAAAGUAAAGUUCUGUUUUCUAGCACAUCCUUUCUUCAGUUUGUCAAUUAGAGCAGCUGAAAUAUACAUAAUGGUUUUGAUGAUGGUACUUUUCAUAAUGAUAAUAAUAAUAAUAAAGCCAAAUACCUGCCCAUGCCUAGUAAAAUAUUAUUUAUACUGGGCUGUUUUUAGUUGGUUUCACUGGAGUGCAGAAUAUACCUGAUUUUAACCGUCAUGUCUGUGUUUGUGGAUGUUGGUGAAUAUGCUGAUGCAAUACAGCACAAGGGCGGGGGUGAUGCUGAAGUUAGUCGCAAGUCACAAUUUCAACUUUUAUUCGGUUAAUUCUUCUUGUAAAGAUUUCCAUCAAAAUGGGAAUUCUGUGAUUUUAAAACCAGCAAUGCCUUUGCAUGUUUUGGUAAUUGGAUUUUCAAAAAAAAAUAUAUCAGGAAUGACUAACAUUGAGUGAUUUGAUUUUAACAUUGAGACAGCGUAUUAAACUGAAACACAAGCCGUUUUUCUGUUUUAAGAAGUGGUUGAGCAGAGAUGCAACUUUAAUUUUAUAUGAUUCAUAUUUAAAUCCUAAGAUAUUCACAACUGACCAGUUUACUUUGCAUUAGUCAACCAACCAACCGUGAUGGUUGUAUUGGAGGCUCUGGUUCCUCUGUUCUCUUCAAACAUAUCUUAUGUAUAUAUUUUUACUAUUUGCACAAGAAUACGUCAAAUCUUUAAUUUGUGACAUAAUAUCUUCUGCUUUUCUUUACUGAUUAUUUAAAUUAUUUUAACCUAGAGAAGGACAUUUAAAUGCCUGCUCAUCUGGUUUUAACUACAAAACAAUUGAAGGUUGUAUUUCACUUUUAUAUGUUUUAUUUUAAAACUACAAUCAAAUAACCUCCUGUUUUUUGUUGCUGUUGUUUUCAAUUCUUGGUUUCACUCCCAAUUACCAAAACAAGCGUAAACCCAACAGGCUGUUUCUCUCUUCAGUGUUUUAAAGAAGGAACUUUAUUCUCACCCCUGUCUUGUAUCUGAACCACAAAUCAUUACAUUUGUUGGCUUUUUACACCUUAAUGUUUAAGCUGUGCAAAAAGCUGAACAAAUAUUCAUAUUUUUCUUUUAUGCCCUUAUAUUGGGAGAAAAAAAAAAGUCUUGUAGAAGAAGCUGUGAAAGCAGCAGCAUAACUGUACAUUUUGUCUGUCCUGCAUGGAGCACUUUAAUGUUCCUGGUCUUGGUCUGUUUAUUUGUGCGGAUCCAUCUUAUAGGACUGCUUUAAAAAAAA